AUGUUCUCGCACAGUAUGGCCCUUUGCGAUGAGGACCGGAUCGAAGCUGCCAUCAUGUCCGGCCCCCGCGCCUGGGCCGCCGCCGAUGGCCCCCACAGUGGCGUACUCGCGCACAGCAGCACGGACGACGACCAGCGGGCAGCAGCAGCAGUAGUCGCCUUUGACCUGGCGUACGACGCCGCCAACCCACUCAACUGGCGCGCCGGGAAGAAGUGGGUGGUGACGGACGUGCUGUUCGCGACUGGCUUCAACCGCAUCAUGGUGUCCGCCCGCGCUGCCCGGCAUUGCCUUCGCGCGCACGAAGGAGCGCUCAUCGCGGCGCGCUUCCUCGCGGGGUUUGGCGCGCCAGCACCAUCUAAGCACUCGGCGCGGGCGUCCUUGCUGGAGCAACGUAGGCGCCCGCUCAGCGUCUACCUGAUGACUCCGCUGCUCGGCGCAGGUGUCGGCCCCAUCAUUGCUGGCUUCAUUGACGCCGUGUCGGUCAAGGGCAUCGUCAACUACGGCAUCCUUUACGUUGUGCUAUGGACGUUUCUGAGCUCUAGAUGCGCCAGUACGGCCAGUCGGUAG